ACUCAUACGUGUUUCAUCUGCCUUGAACCUGGCGACGUUGUUCCAUGCAGUAUUGAACGAUGCUUAAAGUUCUAUCAUAAAAAAUGCGUUAAAAAGUAUACGGCCGCCAUAUUUGAUGAGGAAGAUGAAUCAACUGAAUCUCCAAGUCGAAACAACAAGGAUUUGAUCUGCCCCCUUCAUUUCUGUGCCUCCUGUGUCGCAUGGAAAAGGCAAUGUCGGUUUUCCAGUCGGGUAAAUUUCGUGUACUGCCUCAAAUGUCCAACUGCCUAUCACCUCGCUGAACAAUGCAUACCAGCCGGUACCCGUGUGCUGAACAAUCGAUUCAUAAUUUGCACGAAUCACAGUGACCCGGAAUUGACUCGAGUCAGUGUCAACUACUGCUUCGUAUGCGGUAAAGGUAAUGCAGAAGUCAUGGGCGCGUUUAGAUGGUGGCCUGCACAAAUUCUUCAUCCAUUGAACAUCCCGGAUAACAUCGAGCGACUCCUGAAUAAGCGCGGCUACAUCGGAGAGUUUGCAGUCUUGUUUUAUGGGACUCAUGAUUACGGUGUGGUGUCGCAGGGCCGCGUCUUUCAGUUUGACCCAGAAGACAAGAACAGCUGUGUCAAAAGAUCUGGUCUCGAUAAGGCUUUCGCUGCUGCUGUCCUCGAAGGCCAGGAAGCACUGAAAAUUAAAACAAUGCAAGAAGACUUUCUUCCGCCAGUUUUCAAGUUUAUUCAAAGCAAUCGAUUCGCCGGGGGAAAGAAGCAACAGUUGUUAGAUCUCAACAACUAUCCCGUUUGUCACUGUGGCAGCAACAAUUCUAGCUAUUGUGAGGAACUUUGUGAAAAUCGAUCGAUGUUAGUCGAGUGCCACCCUAAAUUAUGUCCUAGCGGUGAAAAAUGUCGAAACCAACGAUUCCAGAAGUGUGAAUAUGCCUUUACAAUUCCAUUCAAGACAGCUAACCGUGGCUGGGGAUUACGAGCGCUAGAAGACAUUGCAAAGGUAGAUUUUCACAAAGAACGCCAGAUGGGUAAAUAA